AUGGGCAACAAGCAGAUGCAGGGUACCAGCGACAAGGGCAAGAAGAACGAUCGCUACGCGGGCGAGAUGAAGCACAACCAGGCGCACGGCCGGGGCAAGCUCGUCUACAGCGCCAAGGACAAGGAGGGCCGGGCCACGUACGAGGGCCACUUCGUCGCGGGCCACAAGCAGGGCGAGGGCAUCAUGACGUGGACCGACGGGCGCGUCUACAUGGGCGGCUGGGUGGCCGACGACAUCGAGGGCAAGGGCACCAUGCUCUACGACGCCGACCGGUCGGCGCGGGCCUACGUGGGCGAGUGGGUGGCGGGCCAGCGCGACGGGAUGGGGCGGAUGACGUACGCGGCCGACGACGAGCACGGGCGGGUGAGCUACUUCGGCCCGUGGGCGGCCGACAAGCAGGAGGGCAACGGCCUCAUGGAGUGGCGGAGCGGGGCCAAGUACCUGGGCGAGUGGCGGCGGGGCAAGAGGCACGGUCACGGCGUGUUCAUGUUCCCCUCGGGCGACCAGCUCGUAAGCAGCCAGUGGUGCGACGGCCGGCCGCAGGGCGUCGUCAAGAUGAUCUACGCCGACGGCCACCAGUGCGACGGCUUCUGGCUCAACGCCGACACCUGGGAGAACACGCGCACCCUGGUCUUCAAGUCGCUCAGCGCCUGA